AUGCAUAGCCUAGGUCUGGACCAUAUCAACACCAUUGUAAGCAUGGAUGGUUUAGCAUCUGCAUUGUGGCAGCAGGGAAAGCUAGAAGAAGCAGAGAAGCUGGAGACACAGGCCUUAGAAGCAAGGAAGAAGAUUUCAGGCCCAGAGCACCUAGACACAUUGACUGUUAUGAAUAACCUGGGCCUCAUAUUGAAGGAUCUGGGAAAGCUGCAGCAAGCAGAGGAUCUGCAAAGUCAGGAAUUGGGUAUUUGCAAAAAGGCACUAGGGCCUAAGCACCCAAAAACCUUGACUAGCAUCAAUAAUCUGGCUCUUACAUUACAUGAGCAGGGGAAAAUGAAGGAAGCCCAUGAGCUACAGGUACAGGUGUUGGAGGAAUGGAAGAGAGCAAUGGGUCCUGAGCACCUGGACACCCUAUCCAGCAUGAGCAAUCUGGCUCUAACAUUGAAGGAGCUGGGAAGCUUAGGGGAAGCAAAAGAGCUGCAUACAAAGGUGUUGGAGGUGAGGAAAAGGGCACUAGGCCCUGAGCACCCAGACACUUUGAUGAGCAUGGGUAACCUAGCAACUACAUUGUGGCAGCAGGGACAGCCAGAAGAAGCAAAAGAGUUGCACAUGCAGGUGCUGGAGGCAAGGAAAAAGAUACUGGGCCCUCAGCACCUAUUUACCUUGCAGAGCAUGAGCAAUCUAGCAAGCACAUUGUGGCAGCAAAGGAAGUUUGAGGAAGCAGAGGAUCUGGGAACACAGGUGCUGGAGGCAAGACAAAGGAUUCUAGGACCUGAGCACCCAGAUAACUUGACUGACAUGAACAAUCUGGCUCAUAUUCUGUAUGGCAAUGGGAAAAAGGACAAAGCUAUCAGGCUUAUGGAGGACACUGCAACACUACUUGAAAAAGUUCUGGGUAGUCAGCAUCCUCAUACCUUGUUUAGCACAAGGUGCCUGAAGGCUUGGAAAGCAGCUCAGGAAGGGGAGCAGUAG